AUGGACGAGUUCCCUCUGAUCAGCGACCACAGUAUGCUCCUCCAAGGCCACGGCAUGUUCGGCGCUGAAGGAUGCCUCGGCAUCCGCAGUUCUUCAGGCGUUCUUUCGUCUGACGGCAAGACAGUCCCAACACAAGAUGACCGCAAGAACAAGGGGAAAGACAUGUUCUACUCCGACUGGCCUGAGCUGGCCUGUUUCGAGCCAAGCCCGAGAAAUUUGGAUCCCACGUUUGAGAUAGGGAGCAACUAUUUUGAGGACGCACUAUGGUCCUCAAUUUUCUCACCAGAGGCUAAGCUUGUACCAAGCAGCUACUUUGACGAUAUCGAUUUCUCGAGUGAUCGAAGUGGGAGCACCGUGGUCAAGCAUGCAAAAAAUUUGGUUCCAUCGAGCAACAUUUUAAUUUCUUUUCUCUUCCACCUUCUGCAGACAAAUCCGACAAAAACCAAGCAACAGCCCAGGAAAGGAGCAAGUGAUACACCUUUGAAUGGCGAUGCACAUGCCAGCUCCUCUUCCUGCCUUUCUGAUGCUAUAGAGCUCGCGAACCAGAUAAGUGGCUGCGAGGGACUAGAGGCUAUUUUUAGCUCAAGUCAGGAAAUGCAAGACCCCACGGCAUCUAGCAGCAUGUGCAGUGGUGAAACAGCAGCUUCGUCUGCUUUCUCAGGUCCAGACUUCGUUGCUGCUCAUCGCAUCCCUUGUCCUUCGAAGAAGCCGCACGAUCCGUUUAGCAGGGCUCCUGACAUGAUCCUCGAGGAGAUGGCUGAAAACCCCCUGGACAUGUACUUUCCUCUGCUGGAAACGUAUGAGCAGCCUGAAAUGCUGAUGAGCGACACCACUUCGGCACAAAAGCAUCGGUUCCCUGAAGAGUUUGCUGGCAGUUCUGCUCUGAACUGCGCGGAGUCACAGUUCUGUUCCAAGGAGAUGGCUUCAGUAGGGUUUCAUGGGCAGCCUAGCUCGGCAAUGGUUCUGCCAGCCGUGCCGGUGAAGGAUCUUGGCUUCCAGAAGCUUCAGGAAGGCAUGAAUCAGCUGGAUCUGGCAACCAAAGGGCGCAUAAGGGACGCCUUGUACCGGUUGGCCAAUAGCGUCGAACAGAGGCAUUGUGUUGCCGGUUCAGGUGGAGGAGGAUUGAGGUCGUCAGGUUCAAAGAGGUUCAGACCGGGUGGAUGGACCGAAACGCAGACGGACCCCAUGGAUCAGUCAGUAGCGCAGCUGCUUCUACAGAAACCCUCUUACCGGAAGGCUGCCCUGCAGCACCGUGUGACAUACUCCUCGACAAGAGACCCGAGUCGCCCCUUGCAGGAGUGAAAUUGUAACCCAUUUGUAUUCUACUCUGAAAUGCGAUAUCUGAAUGUCUGAUGAUGGUGACAUGACAGAAUUGAGUACCCUGUCAGACCGACCCAGUUUUGACAUCUUUCCCUCCAACAGUUACUCUGAAAGUGUACUGCUUGUGCAUGAAAAAUAUUAUAGCACUGCACUACCAGUACAUUGUCUCAU